UCCCGGACUAGCUCGACCCCGCCCACAGAGCCCAGGCCUCGACCAAUCAGAGGACAGCUCUCGGCGGCGCUGGAGGGACAAAGGCAGGAGGAUGUCGUCGGCAUCCUCAGAUGAAGACGAGAGGUUCAUCUUGAACAACACGCGACCUCUGACUCCGCUGGUCCUGAACCCUGUCCAGCUCACCUCUUGCUGGGACGUCUUCUCGCCAGCCUACGAGCCGACGGUGGGCAUGGAGAUGGAGCCGCCGCCUCGACUGCCGACGCCAGAGGAGAGGAUGAGGCAGCAGGCGAAGGCGGUCGCUGCUGAUGUUGUCCCCAUCAACGUAACGGGUGAGAGUUUUGAUCGUCAGGCCAGUUUUCGAAGAACUCUUUCCAACGCUGACUCGCUAACCAGGCGACCCCGCAACCUCAACCGCCGAAAGACGGUUACUGGGAUACCAAAUGAUGUCAGCCCCAAAACUUCAGUCUCUACGGUUCUUCCCGGUCAGUUCUCCACCGUGGGUCGACCUGCUUCCGCCUCCUGCAGCUCCUCCAACCAAUCAGAGGCCACAGAGGUGGAGGAGAAUGGAGGAAUCCGGAAGGACGGACAGUCGAGGAGGAUCCGAGCCCCUCGAGGAGAGGGGAUGUCCAGCCUCAUGGCCUCCCUUACUUCCUCCCCCCGUGUCCAAAACCACUCCUCGGAGUUCCACAGUCUCCCCCGUCCAGCAACCAACUCCUCUCUGAACUCUGAGGCCAGCUGUACCAGCGCCUCCUACAGGAUGCUCAGCGCCUCCUCGUCCUGCUACCAGUCACAAGAUCUCCAGGGUUUCCCCAGCGACCUCCAGCCCCUGCUGCCAUUUGACUCCACAGCCAGAGUCUUGCCGCAGUCUCCUUUCUCCUCUUCGUCCAUCCACGGUUCGCCCCCAACAUCAGAGUGGUCUUACUCAAGAAAUAAGCCCCUGAAUGAGGGUCCUUCCUCCACCCACUACCUCUCCUGCUCCUCCAUCACUGAUUCAGAGUCUCAGUUUAGCUACCAGGCUCUGGAUGAGCAGACCCAGACCCACCAGAGCACUCAGCAUUUCUACGAUUGUGACUCUUACAGUGGGGACAGAUGGAGCCACCAGCCCCUGUCCCCCAGCUCCAGUGUCCACAGCAGUGCUGUCCAGGACACAACAUGUGUUUCUGAGAAAGUGGAACUGCAACCCCCUGCUCUCUCUCGUCGCUCCACCCCCUCUUGCACUGACAGCAACUCCUUGUGCUCUGAGAAGAUGACCUCCUCUCCCUCGCUAAGCCGAGAGAAAAGGAGGUCCAGCACUUCUUCCUCCACCUCCUACUAUCGCACUGCCACCCGCAGCAUUUCCCUCCGCAAGUCCAAGCGACCACCUCCUCCGCCGCUACGCUCGGACUCUCUGAGACGACGAUCUGGUCGGAGCAAACCCUCCCGCUAUUCGACCAGUCCCCGCCUGGAGCACACCACCAAGUGCAAGUCAUCUUCCCAGACCUACCACGAUCCCUGGGUGCCCCGGAUCAAAAGACGCCAGAGUGGAUUGAACUGUGGGACCGUCACAACCUUUGAACCUCUAAGUCCAGACUGCCAGGCAUCUGCUGAGUCUCCUACUCCUGAUCACCAACCAACCACCCCGGACCACCCUCCUGUCCGCACCCCGGCAUCUCCACAUUCAGGAGAGGGAGGCCUCAGACUUACUCUCAAUCCCCAACCUGCUGGCUCCUCUGUGUCUGGGCUCCAGCGCCUCGCUUCGCCCUCCAGUGGUUACUCCAGCCAGUCCAACACCCCAACUCCUGGCACUCCACUGUCUUCCCCCCUCACCCCUUCCUCCCCUCUCACAGCCAGUCCUGGAGCCUUUUCCCUCCCCCCAACCUCCCCUUUCUCCACUUCAUCCUCUGUCCCCCUUUCACCCGUCGCCUCCUCCUUGCCCAGGACAAGCUACCCUCCUCCUCCAGCUUCUCCACCUCCUCCACCAUCUUUAGAACUCCCAGACAUGCCAAUCGCUGACCUUCCUCCUCCACCGCCACCUCCUCCGCUUCCUCCUCUCUCUAUGCCCUCUGCCUCCCCCCUCCCCUCUCUAAAUGCUUGUGCUAAAGUGGCCACGCCUCCCUGCCCUCUGGUCACCGCCAAAGCUCUGCAGGGCGUCAAGCUUCGCUCUGUGAAGAACCUGGAUGCCCUGCAGGCCAAUGCUGCAUCUUCUGAUGGAACGGGAAGUGAAGACUCACACAUGUAUGCUACACAUACGAAAUACACAUACGUAAGCAAUCAAGUCAUCAGUCCUGACAGUCCUUGGGUAAAAAUGCCUGAUGAUGAAAAUCACAUUGACACAAUUAUCCAACAUGCGCAUUUACAACAGCAGGUAAAAGAUACAGUGCUAACAGAUGCUAAGCUAACAGAGCAUGCAGAGACACAUAGAGUAAGCAAAACGGUACCAUCAGUAGAGAAAAAUGACAAGAUCAAAUCUCGAAUGCAGAAUCUUGGUGCUGCUGAUCUGGCCUACGCUGAUAUGAAAACCAUUAACAGUAACUUCAGGACAAGCAGCCCCAAGAAGCUCUGCUCACCAGAGAAGCCAGUUCCACCAAAGAAGCCUGAUCUUUGUAUCCUGGGUGUCAUGGGUUCCCCCAAGACCAGGCGAGGACAAAGUGGAGGAAAGAGCAGGGAAAAAGUUUCAGCUCUUUCUUCGGAGCCCCCUGUGGACUCAUUGGACAUUUGUUUGCAUACACAUGUGACCCAUGAUGCACCUUCACCGAAGCACUCCACGUGCACCGCUGACAACUCGGUGAGGCCUGCACAUUUGAUGGAUGCAACAACUGCAGACAUUGCCACACUUUCACCUGCCAGCUCCCCUCAAUGGCAGAAACCACCAAUUUUGCACAAGAAGCCAGAUCUCUUAUUGACCUCACCCCAAACAACCGAACCUCUCUUUGCAUCUAAGAAUAAAAAAAGGGCCUUCAAAGGAACCUCCAAGACCAGUAGUAUUUCACAGACUCAGACCACCACAGGGACCAGUAGCACCCUAGAAAUAGUGGGCACCGCUGGGUCCAUGGGCACCGCUGGGUCCAUGGGCACUGCUGGGAUCAUGAGCACCACUGAGUCCAUGUGCACUUCUGGGUCCAUGGGCCCCUCGGGGAUCAUGGGCACUUCUGGGUCCAUGGGUACCUCGGGAAUGAUAGGCACAUUGGGAAUCAUUGGUACCAUGGGGAUGAUGGGCACCUCGGAAAUCAUGGCUACUACAGGGGCCAGAAACACUGAGACCAGUAGCACCUUCAAAACCAUCUAUGGAACCCAUCACCCAUCAGGGAUUAUAGGUCAUGGUACCUACAGCAGCUUGGGGAGCUCAGGGUCCCAUGCAGCUGCUUACACCUGGACAGGGGGCUCCCAAACUGGGGUAACGAGGAUCACCAAGACAAGACUUUAUCAGGGUGAUGAGAAAACAUUUCAAAGGAGGAUGAUGAGGUCAUCACUGGCUGAAGAUGAUGAGGAAGAUGAGAAGGAAAGGGCAUUAGAGAGAGGGAUGAAGGCAAUGAUGAUGAUGACGGCAUCAUCCAGUACAAAGAUAAAAGACAAAGCAAGGAAGAGGAGAAAGAGGAGACCAGGCAGGCAACUGCUGAUGAUGUCAUCAACAAUGGCACCCUCUCCCUCAUCAUCAUCCUCAUCAUCAUCGUCGUCGUCCUCUUCGUCCUCAUCUGGAGAUGAACGAGACGUGACAAAAGACAGGAUAAUGCAAGCGAUUCAGAAGAGAGCAACGAAAAUGUGCGAUCAAGAGACGAGUGACUCUGAAAGCUCCUGCGUUCUGAUUGGUCAGAGCAGGUACUCGCUCAGCAGCGCACUGUCCACUGACAGCCUGCGGGGGGAGCUGUCACUUCCAGACCUCCUGAUCCAGGAACCAGAUGAGGGAGAGGUGGAGCGAGGAAAUGAAGAAACCCAGAGGAAAGGGAAGCAGACAAAGGAGGGCAGUGGAUCUUCAGAUGGCAAGUCGGCCGAGCUGUUCAUCAAUGUGUCGGCAGAUCAGAUGUUCGUCCCCGUUCGGCCCCGAACCACAGAGGAUCUAUUCGCUGUCAUCCACAGGUCUAAGAGGAAGAUGUUCGGUCGAAAGGAUUCAAAAGACGUCAGAAACCAUUCAUCGUCCUCCUCUUCGUCCUCUCCGAUGACCCCUACCGACCCCCUGACUCGCCCGACUCGACCUGCUGCCCUCCGAGGCCAAAGGUGUCAGAGAAGUGAAAGCUUUAAGGCUCUCCUGCUAAGGAAGGGGAGUCGGACUGAUGCGUCGUCUCGGGUCUCGGCCGUCGAGCAGCUUCGUAAAGUUGCAACUUCGUCUAUCGCUGAGCUCCAGACGAAGCCUCCAGACCCAGUCCAACCCUUCAUCCUGCCGCCCAGGUCUCCGAGUGUUCAGGACUUCUCCACGAUGUUCAGCGAUGAUCUGACUCGCCUCCUCCUCACCUCCUCGUCCUCGCCCUUCUACUUCCUCACCUCCCCCUCCCCCGUGCGACCUCGCUCCCUCACCCCUCCCUGCUCGGCGAGCCGACGCUUCGCUGCCCGCCGACGCCUCUUCGCCACUCCCAUGACAGCCAUCUCUGAAGGGGAUGGCGAGGAGGAGGAGGAGGAGGAGGUUUUCAGAGGUGCCAGAGAAUCGAACCUGAGAUCGGUUGAGAUUUCAUGAUGGACCGGGAGAAAAAUCUCACCUGAAUGUAUUCAAAACGGACCAACUUGCACCUGAAGCAUCAAACUGAAUGUACCGAAGCACAUCUGGUCAAGCAGCCGGAAAAAGACGUGAACAGUGAGCCGAUUUAACAUCCAGACGGGAUCUGUACUGCCGAUAUCUGUCAUUUAUCUGGUCACAAAAGAACAUUUGAGGUCUGCACAGCGUUUUCCACCUAUCCAUGUUCUGCAGGACCAAUAGGAAACCUCGCAUGAUCAUCAUAGCUAGUCACAAUGACGUCUGAGAUUUGACUGGUCACGGCGUAAUUAAUCAAAACAAUGCCGCUGAUAUCCGUAACUGUAAUUCAAGGCUGUACUCUGUGCAUCUGGUAAGUGGAAUCUGUGAUUAUCAACACAGAGCUCUCUAACCGGGAUCUGGACUCUUUAGAGUUACGUUGAGAUAUUUGUAAUAAAAACUCUUAGUCAUGGUGUAAUUAGUCAAAACAAUGCUGUUGAUAUCUGUAACUUUAAUCAUGGGAAUUUAAACUCGCAUAUAAAAUGUUAAAACUGCAGUUGUAGUGUUAAAAUGUCUGACGAUGACUGUCAGGAUUGACCUAUAAGCAUCUGAUAAGUAGCGUCUACAACUAUCAUCCAAAACUAAACUGAAAAGAUCUUGAACUGUGGUUCUUAUGGGUCAAAACGACAUUGCUGAUAUCUGUAACUAUAAUUGAAGGCUGCAUUCUAAGUGUCUGAUAAGUGGCAUCUCAAACUUUCAUCCAAAACUAAGUUACAAAGCUCUUUAACUGUGGUUCUUACGGGUCAAAAUGAUGUUGACGUCAGACUCAACUAUAAAACAUUCUAACUGCUGGUAUUGUGUUGAGAAGUCUAACGAGGGACGUCAGGACUUAACUAUAAGUGUCUGAUAAGUGGUGUCUACAACUUGGAAGAAAUGUAAAACUAAACUAAAAAGAUCUUGAACUGUGGUUUCUGUGGGUCAAAAAGACAUUGUUGAUAUCUGUAACUUUAAUUCAAAGCUGUAUUCUGUGCGUAUGGUCAGUGGUAUCUGCGAUUAUCAACCCGGAGCUACAGAGAUCUCUAACUGGGAUCUGGACUGUUCAGAGUUACGUUUGAGAUAUCUGGAAUACAGACUCUUAGUCAUGGUGUAAUUAGUCAAAACAAUGCUGUUUAUAUCUGUAACUGUAAUCCCUGGUAGGUAAACUCGUCUAAAACGUCUGACAAAGGACAUCAGGAUUGAACUAUAAAUGUCAAUGAUAAGUGGUGUCUUUAACUGUCAUUGGAACAAACCCCAAACUAAACUAAAAACAUCUUGAACUGUGGUUCUUAAGGAUCAAAACAAUGUUGCUGACGUCAAACUCAACUCGAAAAUGUUAAAACAGCUUGUCACACCUGUUUUUCUACUUUUUCCUCAUGUUUUCUUUCUAAUGGUUGAGGAACUAAUUUGUUUUUAAUCCCAAAAAACAACUUUAAAACACCAAAUUAAUUAAAUUUGUAUUGUGUUCACCUGUCAGAGGAUCUUGUAGUUCAUUAAAAAUUAUUUUAGUUUUGACCAGAAAUUGAUGUUUUUUCAUCUCAUGAGGGGCUUGUGUUUUUUUUCUUGGGAUCGCAUUUUAGAAUGUAACAGUAUAAUAUAAAGAAAUGCAGCAGUUAAGUGUUAAAGAUCCCCGAACAGUUCCUCUGAGGAUCAUUUUAACGAGCAAUAAUUAAAGAUUUAAUGUAACUGAAUAUCUAUAGCCUAUAGAGACGCUUUGAGUGUGUUGGUGAAAUGCUCGCCUCUGAGUCAUUAUAUGGAGUUUUUGAUUCUAUUCCCUGUUUAUAUCCUGCUGAGCUCAUUUCACUCGUGUUUUGUUUUGACUUUAACGAUAUAAAAGUCACAUUUUUCUUUUUCUCACCAGCUACACUGCCUGUAGUUGGUCCUAAGCUGUAAAUACUCCUGGUUCAUCCUUCUCUCUCAUGUUUUCUUUCUACGGUGUUUUUUCUGUAGCGUUUCAGACGUUUUCUUCUCUAUGAAUGUAAGAGGCUCUGAUCCACUGUAUUAACCCUAAUAUGAAUAAAUGUAAGUGGAAUCGUGAAACUGCAGAGGAAAGAAAAGGAAGCAACCAGUCAGAGAGAAACAGGACAGAGUCCGAAAGGAAUGGAAAUGUUCUUUGUAAAAAAAAUAAAGGUGAAACAUGAAAAUGAAAGCAAUAAAGGACAAAAGACGA